GAGAAAAAUUAUCAAUAAUGAAAAUUGCCCACCUGAAACGCGCCUGCGACCUAGACAAGAAGUAGAGCCAUCUGGUAUACGUCAGAAUUGUUUACCUAAAGAGAAUCAAAUGGAGGAAAAGAAUCGGAAUAGCUCUUUUGCAUAUCCUACAUUUUCGACUUACUGUACACACGGCAAAGUUCGUUUGCUACGUUUGGUUAAACCCCCUCCUUAUUUGUUGAAUUUAUAUACUUCGUCAAACUCUGAUGCAAUCUCUUUCCGGAAAAACAUUAGAUGUUAUAAUAAUGUUUUGGCGUAUACAUCGUUUGGUACUAAUAUAAAUACGAUCCCAGAACAAGGCAUUUCUGACUUCCGUAUUCAUGGCCAAGUUUAUCAUCGUAUCGGUUUGUUGCUACCAGAAGAAGGUUCUCAGCCAGCAUUUGCGCAAUUAUAUAUCUAUAACUCUGUACAUGAGAAUGCAUAUCGUCAUAACGUUAUGGUGGACUUAGACAAUACCAUUCUACAAAAUCUGCUGACUGUAAUGGAUAAAUGCAAUCC